AUGACAUCGCUCGUGCAGCGGGAGGAACCAUUCACAGCCAUGUCAGACCGCCCAACGACCCAUCCCAUGCAAGUAGACAGGUCCUGGCGCUUACUUACGUGCACGCAGACUUCAGAGCCUCCUUUGACCAUCGUGCUACGCGGCCAUCAGCUUAGCCUCAGCGCUUGCGAGGUUUUUCAAGUAAAGGAGAAGAUGGAAUGGAACUCGAUACUAUCAAGGGCUGCUAACACACACACAGCCUCCUCAUGCACGAGGUGA